AUGAGAGUUAUUAAUGUAAAUGCAAGUGGAAAUGAAUCACGGAGUGAUAGGGGCCAUUUGUCGAACCGCAUGACGAAAGGAUAUGAGCAGUAUGAAUUGAGUUGGGAGGAGGAGCGAAAAUGGAGACGAUUUUGGAACGAUUUGGGGGCCGAUUUGGGCUUUAUAUUUGGAUCAAGUUGGUAA